ACUCAGUCGGUUAAGCGUCUGCCUUCGGCUAGGGUCGUAAUCCCAGGGUCUUGGGAUCAAGGCCGGAAUGGGGCUCCCUGCUCCUGGGGAAGCCUGCUUCUCCCUCUCCCUCUGCCUGCCACUUUCCCCACUAGUGCUCUCAAGCGAGCUUUCUCUCUCUCAAAACAAAAACAAAAACCUUUAAAAGCGAAACUCUUACUGAGCACCUGCUACAUAGCUUCAUCAGUGCAGUGUUUUUACGUUCGCCCAUGUAUGCAUCACAAUAUGCUUUCUACAGACAAGAAGACUGGAUCCACAGCCUUAAUUACGCAUCUUCCUAAGGAUCACCAGGCUAUUGCGGAGCAGGAUCAGACCGGAAUUCAGACCCUAGUGGAUUUGCACAAACGCUAGGAGACCGCACACGGCUGCUUAGACCGUCUCACGCGCGUUCACGACGAGAAGCGCAAAGGUUCCAACUGCCACUGCUUCCCAGCGAGAUGGAGAGACACCUGGGUGGACACGUGACUGGGAAGCCGCACUCCCCUGUUCCCUUAUCAGGAUGGCGGCGAGGGUGAUCCUGCAGCCCGCGGGCCGCUGCCGCUGGGACGAGCCCGUGCGCGUCGCCGUGCGGGGCCUGGCGCCGGGACAGCCCGUCACGCUGCGCGCCUCCCUGCGCGACGAGAAGGGCGCGCUCUUCCGGGCCCACGCGCGGUACCAAGCCGACGCCGGCGGCCUCCUGGACCUGGCGCGCGCGCCCGCGCUGGGCGGCAGCUUCGUGGGGGUCGAGCCCAUGGGGCUCGUGUGGGCCCUGGAGCCCGAGAAGCCCCUGACGCGGCUAGUGAAGCGGGACGUGCAGACGCCCUUCGCCGUGGAGCUGGAGGUGCUCGAUGGCCACGAGCCCGACGCCGGGCGACUCCUGGGCCGGGCGGUGCACGAGCGCGACUUCCUGCGGCCCGGGGUGCGGCGGGAGCCGGUGCGCGCGGGCCGAGUGCGCGGCACGCUCUUCCUGCCCCCAGGUGCAGGGCCCUUCCCUGGGAUCAUCGAUCUGUUUGGAAGUGGUGGUGGCCUUUGUGAAUACAGGGCCAGUCUCCUGGCCGGACAUGGUUUUGCUGUGCUUGCUUUGGCUUAUUUCAGAUUUGAAGACCUCCCCGACUGUUUGGAUGAUAUGCAACUGGAGUACUUUGAAGAAGCUGUGGACUUCGUGCUGCAGCAUCCAAAGGUGACAGGCCCUAAUGUUGGGCUUCUUGGCUUCUCCAAAGGAGGUGACCUGUGUCUCUCAAUGGCCUCUUUCUUGAAGGGCAUCACAGCCACUGUACUUAUCAAUUCCUGUGUGGCCAACACAAUAGCUCCUUUGCAUUACAAGGAUAUGAUUAUUCCCAGUCUUGGCAGUGAUCCAGGGAGAUGUACAAUUAAUGAAUCAGGAUUUUUGCAUUUUGUGGAUGUUUGGGACAAUCCACUGGAGGAACCCAAUCACCUAAGUAUUAUUCCCCUGGAAAGGGCCCAGGGGCCCUUCCUGUUUCUUGUUGGCAUGGAUGAUCAUGCCUGGAAGAGUGGCUUCUAUGCUCAGAUAGCCUCUGAACGGUUACAAGCCCAUGGGAAAGACAGACCCCAGAUAAUCUACUACUCAGGAACUGGUCAUUGUAUUGAACCACCUUAUUUUCCUCCUUGUAGAGUUUCUGUGCAUACAGUGUUAGGCCAAGCAGUAUUCCAUGGAGGUGAGCCACAGGCUCAGUCAAGGGCACAGGUAGAUGCCUGGCAGCAAAUUCAAACCUUCUUCCAGAAACAUCUCAAUGGUAAAAAGUCUGUCCAGUCCAGCAAAAUCUAACGUUGUAAUCAUAGACCAGAUACUAUUAAUAAAAAUCUAAUUCAUGCAACAUGUAUUGGGUUUUCCAAAGCACAUAGGAACCUUAUGGUAACAAAAUAAUUAUCUCAGCUUCUUGUCAGGCCCUACUGGAUCCCCAGGCUUUGCAACCCUCCUUUCUUCACUGCUAUCCCCUUCUCCCCUGAACGUUACCCACCGUACAGGCUUAACUCUGAUCUGAUCCAUAGCAUCAGUGUUAACCUGUGGGAGAAAUGUAAGUAGGAGAAAUGUAAGAAGCGCCUGCCCAACUCUCAACUGCUGGCCUAGCUUUGACCUGUGUUCUGGUUGUGAAGACGGAGCUGCUGUAUUGCUAAGAGUUCCAUAACCCCUCUGGACCCUAACUGACCAUAUGUGAGCCUUGGGAACAUACCCACUUGAAUCCCUUAAGGAAUGGACUCUGCUGCUUUCUUGCCAGUACAUAGUCCUGAAUGUGUAUUCAAGACUUGUUUCUGAACCCCACUCUGAAGAUUGGGGGCAUUGAUCUUCUUCAUAUGGUAAGUUUUGCUUUUAUCUUAAGAAUGCAAAGCUUUGCUUUUGUGAAUGAAACCUCAAUUUCUUCCUUACUAAUAAUGUAUCCUUUACAAAAUUCAACAUUUGUAACAUUUACUUCACAAAGUAAAGCUG